AUGCCUUCGCUUCUUCAUCUGUUUUUUAAUUUUUUCAAAGUAUUCAAUCUUCUUUCUAAUUUUUUUCUUUGUUUUUUUUUCAUCUUUCGUUUUCUUUCUUCUGUUUCUUUUUUGACCUUUCAUUUUUAUGCCUAUCUCGCUUUUUCUAUCAUUUUCUUUCUUCUAACUUCUAGCUUUUUUUCUCUCUUUUCUCAUUGUUUUCUUCAUUUUCUUUCUUCAUGUUUUCAUUAUAUCUUCUUUUUUUCAUAUGUUUCCUCUUCCCCUAUUGUUCUUCCGUCUCUUUCUGUUACUCUUUUUUCGCCCUUUAUCCCCAACCCACGCUCAUUUCUUUUAUAUGUCUCUUCUUUUUUUUUCUUCUUCUUCUUCAUAUGGUGCUCUUUAUCUCUAAUGGUCUUUUCUACUUUCUUUUUCAUCUCAUUAUCUUUUUCAUUCUAUUUUUCUCCCUUCUUGCUCCUCCCCUUUCAUUUCACUCUCUUUGUUCUCUCCUUUCUCACUCUCAUUUUCAUUCAGACUUCCGUUAAUUACCUCAUUAUGUUAAUCCGUCAUUCGUUCGUCCUUUGUUCUUUCAUUCGUUUCAUUCAAUCGUUUCCUUCUUUCGUUCCUUGUUUUCUUAUCCCUUUAUCUCUUCGAUUUCAUUCUUCGCUUCUGCUUCCACCGCCUUUCUUCACACUUCUUUUUCUUUUUACAUUAUUUAUUCGAUCCUUUCUUCUUUUCAUUCCUCACCUUUCGAUAUAUUUCAUUCAAUUCUUUUUAUUCCGUCCCUUUCUUUUGUCCCUUACUCUUUCUUUUCCGAUGUAUCAUAGCAUUCUUUUUUGA